AUGCCCGCUCGCGUCACUCCGCGGGCGGAGGACGCACGUCGGGGCGCGGCUCUGGCUCGCGCGCGACUCGGGCUCUGUCACUCGCGCCCUGCGGAGAACUCGGCGCGCCCGAGCGCCUGCCUGGCGGUGGCGGCAACAAUGCACGGAGCAGCCCGCGCUCCGGCCACCAGCGUGAGUGCGGACUGCUGCAUCCCGGCCGGCUUGCGCCUAGGGCCUGUGCCAGGCACUUUCAAGCUGGGCAAGUACCUGUCAGACCGCAGGGAACCCGGGCCCAAGAAAAAGGUGCGCAUGGUGAGAGGGGAGCUGGUGGACGAAUCGGGGGGCUCCCCUCUGGAGUGGAUAGGGUUAAUCCGGGCAGCCAGGAACCCCCAGGAACAGACUCUGGAAGCUAUUGCAGACUUACCAGGAGGACAGAUCUUCUACCGAGCGUUGCGAGACGUCCAGCCAGGGGAAGAGCUGACCGUGUGGUAUUCCAAUUCCUUGGCUCAGUGGUUCGACAUCCCCACCACGGCGACUCCGACUCACGACGAGAAAGGGGAGGAGCGCUACAUUUGCUGGUACUGCUGGAGGACGUUUAGAUACCCCAACAGCCUUAAGGCACACCUGCGUUUCCACUGCGUGCUCAGCGGCGGCGGGGGCGGCGCCUUCUUGCACCACGACCACGCGGCUCGCCAAGGUGCUGCCCCAGCGGCGGAUGGCCUCGGACUCUCCCCGAAACCCUCCGCGCCUGACUUCGGCGCGCCCGCCCAGGCAGGCACUUUGCGUGGCGGCGCGGGCAAGCCCAAGACCGGCCACCUGUGCCUCUACUGCGGCAAACUGUACUCACGCAAGUACGGGCUCAAGAUCCACAUGCGGACGCACACGGGCUACAAGCCGCUCAAGUGCAAAGUAUGCUUGCGGCCCUUCGGCGACCCCAGCAAUCUCAACAAGCACAUCCGGCUGCACGCCGAGGGUAACACGCCCUACCGCUGUGAGUUCUGCGGCAAGGUGCUUGUACGCCGCCGGGACCUGGAGCGCCACGUCAAGUCCCGCCACCCAGGCCAGAGCCUGCUCACCAAAGCAGGAGACGGCCAGGGCGUCGAACCCGGCUAUCCCCCGGAGCCUGGGGAUCCCAAGAGCGACGACAGUGACGUGGACGUCUGCUUCACCGACGACCAGAGCGAUCCUGAGGCCGGUGGCGGCGGCGGGCGUGACUCGUAA